CAAACUAUGUAAACUAUAGGGGUCAAAGUGUAAAGACAGAAAAAUCUUUGCGAACAUGUCAGCAACUUUCUUUCUCGUUCUCUCUCACCCGUUUUCUAUUUUGUCUUGUGCGCAUGAUCCGUUCAUUCCCUCGCAAACGGAGAAGAAGAAGAAAAAAAAGAGAGAAAAAAGAAAAUUUCUAAUUCUGAAAGAAAAACCCAUUCAGAAACCGGAGAUUUUUGACUGGUUAUCAUUUCAGAGGGUUAUCUGAGCAGGCUGAGACAUGGAAAUUGAUGCUAAGGGUGUCGGAGUUUUUGUCUGGAAAUUCCUCAGAUUAGUCACAAACACCACUUGCAGAUACGUGAAGAAAUACCCAGUCGUUUCUUGUGUUUCCACUUUUGUCUUCCUCUUGUGUGCGUUUUUUCCUUGGGUUUUCUAUUUCCUGCUCUGUUCUUCUCCAUUGAUCGCCUUUCCCGCGUUUUAUCUCCGGAGUCGCCUGAGUUCGAAUCCAUCGAGGAUCCGUAGUUCAUCAAAGGAAAAGAAAGCGGAUAAAGGGUCAUCAUCGUCUGUCCAAAAGGGAUCUGUACCGGGUGAUGGUAGAAACAAAAAGCCUUAUUUGAGGCCCCAACGAAGUGUUCGACGGAAUGCCAGAAGGAAAGUGGAAGAGGUGGGAAAAGAUUGGGGCUCAUUGCAAGCUAGCGGGGGCGAUACGGACAGGGUCAUUCUAACAACUCUCUAUGGAGAAUUACCCGGCAUGAGAGGUCCGAAUUUCGAGAGAUUCAAGAAAGAUAAGACGUUACUUGCAGCAGAAGAAAGUUUGUUUGACCAUGUCGUUGACACUUCUUUUAACACAGACAACGUUGUGUUGGAUUCAUUUGAGAAGGUAACGAGUGUUGGUGGCGAGACAGAAAUGGAGAGUUCACCAUCGAAGGAAGAAAAAUCUCAUGAGGAGAUAAAUAAAGCCGCUUCCUGGACAGCGGCUGAUAAGAAUAACUCGAUGGAUCUCGGGAUCUUUGAGAUCGAACGUAACAAGAGGUUGGAGAAUUUGAUUGCUAAAAGACGGUCGAGGAAAUUAUUCCUGUUGGCAGCUGAGAGAAGCCUAAGGAACAUGGGGAUCCCUCCGAUUUCAGUCGAAAGGAACUAUUUUGGUCUUGAUCAUGAUAACUAUGACAGUGAUGAACUGCAGAUGCCAGGUUCUGCUCCUUCUGUGUUAUUACCAACAAGAAAUCCAUUUGAUCUUCCUUAUGACCCACAAGAAGAGAAGCCAGACUUGAGGGGGGACAGUUUUCUGCAUGAGUUUUCUGUGUGUAACCAAAGGAAUACGUUCUUCUGUCGUCACGAGAGCUUCUGCCACAGGAUUUUUCCAACUGAAAAAAAACAGGACUCCAAAUUUGAACCGUGGAGGAAGGUUACUUCUGAUGGUCAAGGAUUCUCCAGGAUUAAGCCGCGGGAAGAUGAAUGUAAUGGUGAUGGUUUAGUCGAGCAGCUUCAGCCUUUAACUAAAGGAAUUGACUUUCCGAGAAGGGAAGAAGGAAAUAACAUGGAAUCAAGUUCUGGGAAUAGAAGUGAGGUUCACACGGAAACUGGUUCUAUCCGAAAUGAUGAUAGUGAUUCAAGUUCAUCACUUUCUCCUCGAGAGAGUGAGAAGAAUUCAGACCAAACAAGCAGUAAAACUCUCAGCAAAAGAAAUGGUGAUCAUAUUGGAAACUCUCUCGUGGGUUUAGUGCCAAGAAACAACGUUUCGAGCUCUCUAGGAGCCGAAAGGCAAAGGUACAUGGAGCAUUUCGGUUACAGCGCAAGCAGAGGCCAUAUGGUGACACAUUCUGUGGAUUCUGAUCUUCAAGUCGAGGUUUCUGAGAUUGGAUCACCUCCAACAACUGUUGAUGAGAAUGAUUACUCUGAUGAUGAAAAAUCAUUGUUUGUUUACGAAUCAGAAGUUGGACGAGAAAUGGGUUUUUGUCGUAAGGAAACUGAGAUCAAACCGAAGAACACUCUGGAUACAUCUGCAAAAUUUGAAAUGUUGCCCGUGGUGAAAGAUUUACAUGGCCCUUCUGAUAGAUCAAAUGUUAUUGAAGAGCAUGUGGCUACUCAUUCUCAUGAAGUUGUUUCAAAAAAAGCUGAGGAAACGUUUAAACCUUCUGAAAAGCCGGCGGAUGAGAUAAGGAUAAGUUAUGACUCUGACGAAGCUGAACCAUCUGUGAGGAAUGAUCAAGAAUCUCAAGGAGACGGUGAGAACAAUGAUGAAGAUCAACCAGCAUUAGAAAUGCAAGAAGUUGUGGAAACUGAAGCUUCAGAUGUCGAAAAUGGCAAUUCAGAUGAAUCUGCUCCUUCUCCAAGAUCAGUGUUACCAGAUGUGUCAUCUCUAGACCAGACAUAUUCACUACAUUCUGGAGAUCUGGAAAAUAUAUUGGACAGUCAUCCUCAAACUGUAAACGUAGCUCCAGAACAACUGCAGAAUCAAUCAGCCGGCGGAAGAAACACUGAAGAACCCGAGAGCAGCCUCAAUUUGGAUUCUGUGAUAACAAUCUCUGAAGAAUCUGAAGUACCCACUGGCAUGGAAGAUAUGGAAAUUUUAUGCAAUGGAAACUCGGAAUCUAUUGAGAGAAGUGAAGAAUCGAAUCUGGUGAAGCAUGAGAGCUUAGGCUCCUCUGAGCAAGUAAUGGGCGGAGAUGAACCUGAAACUGUCAGAGUGGUUCAGGAAGAGCCUAAUACUGCACAGGAGCUCCAAAUAUCUGUUGAUUCACCAGCAAAAGGACUAAAAAAUGAUCAAUCAGCUAUUACUGAAGAAAAGGAUUAUGGGUUGAGUCCUGAGGAUAAGCCACGCACAUUGGACGAUCCAUCUCCGUCUGAAAAAGGGGUUCCAGUGUCAUUUCCCAAUCAAUCAGCUGACGAGAGGAACACUGAAGAACAAGAGGGUUCUUUUGUCACAUUAUCUGAAGAAUCCAGAGUAGAUAAUUCAGCGAUUGUUGAGACAUUGUACAGUGACACGUCGUUCAAGUAUGCUCAGAGUAGUGAAGAUAAGGUGCAGUUCCUGACAAAGGGAACUACGGAAGCAGAAGAAUCGAAGCUGGAGAAUGAUAGAGAUGUCCAAGAAGAGUCUAAAACUGCAGAAGAACAUGGUUAUUUUGUUGCUGAGGAACUGAAAAACGAUCAAACGGCUCGAAAGGAAGAAAGGGAACACAAACCAUCCAAUCCUCUUCCUCAGUUAUCCUGGUCUGAUGCAGACAAAUCACCAUAAUCUAUCAAGAAUGAUCUUCAUUUCUCAGACUAUAAGCCAAUGCGGCUGAAGAGGACGGGUUUCUUAGAUGUGAACCAGAGCCAGGAACCGGGAAUGUUCCAGUUUUGAGGUUUUUUGUUUAAAUGUGAGUUGCAGGAAACUUUUCCUUGAAGAGAAUCAAAAGCGGUAGGAAGAAACUCGAAUCUUGUAAAGAUAAGAACUUUGAUCUCCAGAUGUUUGUCUGAGUCCGUUUUGGAUGUGUUUUUGUAUAAAAACAUUUGUGGCAGAGUUUUUCUUCUCCGGCAGAGACAUGUGGGUUUGCUUUCUUAGGGCGCAAGGCAUCUGUGUAGAUCCUGUAGGGAGGGGAAUCCCAUUAAAAACAGCCGUUUUUUCCUUUUUAAUUAUCAGAUGAUAUAUAUAUAUAGGAUCUGAAUUCUAUAUCUACAGUCAUAUAU